AUGCUAUCUUCACGCGGAAAAAAGAAUGCGGACUCGUUCAACAUCCCUUGGCGCUUUGCUGUUUCGCCGACCUAUAACAAACAAACUAACCCCGAUGGCCUCAUCUGCUUCGGAAUGGCAGAACAUGGCCCAGUCCGGACUGAUAUCGCGGAGUACAUAAACAAUAAGGUCAAAUUCACGACCAACUCGGUCUGUUAUGGCUCAUGGGCAACCGAGCACCCGCUCCCGGCUGCUGCCGCGGCCCAUCUAAACAGGUACUUUAACCCUCUCACGCCGGUAGAGCCUGAGAUGGUUGUCAAAGUGAACGGAUGCUCGGCGGCCGGGAACAUGCUUGCCUAUGCGCUUGCUGAGCCCGGCGAUGGUGUCCUGGUGAGCAGGCCUGUGUAUGGGCGGUUUGAGCUCGACUAUGGAGUUCAGGGUGGCGUUGAGAUUGUGUACGCGGAUACAGAUCCCUACGAGGCGUUCUCGCUGGCUUGCAUUGAGAAGUAUGAGAAAGCCCUACAAGAUGCACAAGCAAGAGGUGUGAAGAUUAGGGCUUUGGUUUUGGUUAAUCCGCAUAAUCCUGUUGGCCGCUGCUACCCGACAGAAACGCUCAUAGAGAUUCUGAAGUUCUGCAACAAGCACCAAAUUCAUCUUAUCAGUGACGAGAUCUAUGCGCUGUGUGACUUCGCCUCAGGGGGUCUGCAUAUCGGCUUCAUAGUCUCUCGUAACGUCGAGCUCCGUCGAUCCUGCUCAGCAAUGCUGAGAUUCCACAGCAUAUCCUCGGCGGCCGAGACAAUAGGAGCUACAAUUCUGCAAGACGAAGAAUUCGUAUCCAAGUUCACUGAGAAAUCCCUUCGAGAUCUAGCUUUCUCAUAUGGAAUAACCACGUCAGUUCUCGACGAAGAGGGCAUCAAUUACGUUAAAGGAGGAAAUGCCGGGUUCUUCGUUUACGUAGAUCUCUCGCCAUACUUACCAAAAGAUGAUUCGUUGUCGGGCCAGGAACGGGAAUUCGCACUCGCUCAGAGGCUCCUCGAUAAUGGGCUAUUCUUGCACCCAGGUGAGGAGCAUUGCAAGGACCUGGGCUGGUUUAGGCUUGUCUACUCCCAUGACGAGGAUUUUCUGCGGGAGGGUUUGAGGAGACUUGUCAAGACCGUGAAAUCUCUCUAA